UUUUUUUUAUUCAUUGAUCGCCGCUCGUUCAUUCACCGCUGUUUUUUGUGGUGUUAUUUUUGAUAACAAACAAUUCUACAAAAUAUUGCGAGUUAAUAAUUCAGAAUAUUGUGAUUGCGAAGCGUGUCUAGACUAUGGUGUUAAAUCACGAAAAUCUGUGGAAAAAAACUAAAAGUUUAACGACAUUACGAGUUUAUCUUUGUAUGGACUACCUGCAUUGUCAGGCAUAUUUAUCUGACUACGUAUCUUCAAAUAUAUUAUUAGAGGCUUUGUAGAAGUGAUAUAAUCAUAACUUAGUGUGCGCAAUAGUGUAAGGAACUGUAAAUAAACUUAAGAUAUCGCGUAGCGAACGCCCCAUCAAUUCUGUGGAUAUUUUUGAUGCAUGUAAUGACAUGAGCCGCAUCGGCCAGUGAAGAUGCCUUUCAUAAGCUCGUUGUCGUCGGCCGCGUCGGCGGCGUCGACCACGACCACGACGGCGGCGGCCACGUCGAGCCGGCACGAGGAGCCGCUCGCCAUGUCGCGCCUCAUCUCCAACCUCAUCGACGCCAUGGCCACGCCCUCCGUGAGCCUCACGUCGCACGCGCCCCCCCCGCCCUCCGCGCACGACAGCUGGGCGCUGCCCUCGUCCUCCAGUCCGCCGCGCAACCCCAUCGGGCCCAUCUCGCGCGACUACUCGUCCAACAACAACCAGCACAAGGACGACAACUCCAGCGGCUCGCCCGGCACCUCCUCGUCCAUCUCCAUCACGUGCUUCCGCUGCGAGGAGCGCGCGCCCACCACGCGCUGCCUCGAGUGCAACGACCUGUACUGCCACGAGUGCUGCCACUCCAUCACCAGCGACUGCCAGCUGCGCGAGCACACGCUGCUGCCCAUCCACCAGGUGUCGCCCAUCGGGCCCGCGCCGCGCCCGCCGCCGCCGUGCGACGUGACGUGCGAGCUGCACGCCGAGCCCGUGCGCUUCUACUGCGCCUCGUGCGUCACGCUGGUGUGCCAGGAGUGCACGCUGUGGAUGCACAAGGACCACCGCUACUCGCCGCUGCGGGGCGCGCUCGACACGUGCCGCCUCAACAUGCUCAAGGCGCUCGAGAGCGGCAAGGCGGGCACCAAGGCCAUCAAGGGUGCCAUCGACCGCGCCGUCGCCAUCUCCAAGGCCUUCGAGAAGGAAACGGCCGAGGUGAGCAUCAAGAUCAAGAAGGCGAUGCGCUGCUUCGCGCAGGCCAUCGAGGACCGCGAGCGCUACCUGCUCGACAAGGUGGAGAAGAUGCGCCAGAUGAAGAUGAACGAGCUGUCGGACCAGAUGAACUCCCUGCGCGGCAUCCUGGCGGGGCUGGCGCACACCAACGAGACGCUCGUCAAGUGCCUCGACCUCGAGGGCAUCGACCUGUUCAUGGCCAAGGAGAAGGGCAUGGCGCAGAUCGAGUACUUCGCGUGCAUGUACAAGAGCCUGCAGCCGCGCGACGACAGCCUCGUGUUCCUGCCGCCCAACUACGAGCUGCUGGAGCAGCUGAAGCGGCAGUGCGAGGUGCUGCCGGGGGGCGCGGCGCCGCCCGCCCCCGCCUACCCGCCCGCGCCGCCCGCCCCGGACCACUCGUCGCUGAGCUCGCGCCUGCUCAGCUACUACGAGGGGCACGGCGCGGGCGCGGCGGCGGGCGAGGCGCGCGGCGCGGGGCAGGCCAUCCCCGGCUACUGGAUGGCGGUGACGGUGAAGCCCACGCGCAGCGCCGUGCCCGGCGUGCCCGUGCUGUCGUUCGGGCGCGAGGGGCAGGGCGAGGGCGAGGUGUCGCGGCCCUGGGGGCUGUGCGUGGACCGCGACGGCAACAUCAUCGUGGCGGACCGCCGCAACAACCGCAUCCAGAUCUUCAGCAGCCGCGGCGAGUUCCGCAGCAUGUUCGGCUGCAAGGGCACGGGCCCGGGCGAGUUCGACCUGCCCGCCGGCAUCACCACGGACGUGUUCGGCCGCAUCAUCGUCAUCGACAAGGACAACCACCGCGUGCAGGUGUUCACGUCCGCCGGACACUUCAUCCUCAAGUUCGGCUCGUUCGGCAAGGAGUGCGGCCAGUUCCAGUACCCGUGGGACGUGGCCGCCAACUCGCUGGGCAACCUGGUGGUGACGGACACGCGCAACCACCGCAUCCAGCUGUUCACCAGCGACGGCACCUACAUCACCAAGCUGGUGUUCGAGGGCGCCAACCCCGCCAAGCUGCUGAAGGGGCCGACCACGCCGCGCGGCGUGUGCUUCACCACGGGCGGCAACAUCAUCGUGUCCGACUUCGAGAACCACCGGCUCAUCAUGGUGGACCCCACGCUCAGCAAGGUGAUCCACGGCGUGGGGCGCGAGGGCGCGGGCGUGGCCGAGCUCAACCGGCCCUCGGGCAUCGUGACGGACGACGAGGGCCGCGUGAUCGUGGCCGACUCCAAGAACCACCGCGUGCUGGUGUUCACGAGCGACCUGCGCUACCUGUGGGCCGUGGACCUCAAGUCGCCGGGGCUGGACGACAAGGACCGGCCCAGCGACGUGGCGCUCACUCCGGACGGCUACCUGGUGGUGCUGUUCGAGACGCUGCCCGACACGGCGCGUGACGUCAGCAGCCACGGCAAGCAGUACAUCAAGGUCUACUAGCGACCGCCCCCGUCGCACUCCCGGGCCCAAGGUCCAUCGUAUUUUUAGUUGUGUUCACCUUUUAUGUUGUGAUUCCUUUAUGUAAUGUGCCAAUUUUAUUAUAAAACGACUGGAGCGACCCGAAGCGAGCCUGGCUUGUGCGGAGAGGUAAGACUUAUUAGGUUUAGUGCGAGCUCAUGAUUUUUAUGAAAGUUGUGUGCGAAUCAAAUUCUCUUUUUUGUAUUUUAGCUAGUUUUGUUACCAUAAUCGAUUUUGGUUUCUGUGUUAGACUAGUCUGUGGCGCGGUCGGGCCGCGCGGCGAUCUGUUUAUACACACUCAGCUACUUGCUUUAUAAAUACGAGGAUUUUAUAUCGAAGGCAUGAAAUGACUAUGAGAUAUCUAUCACGAUGUGAUGUAAAAGGUGUUACGAUGUCAAAUAAUUUAAUUAUAUCACUUUAAAAGUAUUUUUCCAAAUUUGUUAUAUUUUGCAUUUUAUGACUUAGUUAAUUGUAGAAGUUACAUGAAAUAUUUUAUUCAAAAUUAUUUCGCUUGAGGAAUCAAUUUUAUAUUGAGAUAGUUGUCCGCUGGUCGCCGGUGGCGGCCUGCAGUGGCAGCGUUUUAGUUUAAUUCUUAUUGCUUCGUUUUCGUUUAUAUUUUUUUUUAUGGACGACGACAAUUUUAUUGAAAGCAACGUUAUCCCGAUUCUGGGAAGCAAUGCAAUAAUUAUUUUUAGAAGACUGACUUGAGAAGACUGUAUGGGGUAUUUUGGCGAUAGUUAUGGAAAUAAACGUUCUUGCAUGAGGGACAACUUUUGAAACAAUCCAAAAAGCAACGCGCGCCAUUUUGUCUUGAUAUAAGGCACUUGGGCGGACUCCACGUUGUGAACUUAUACCAAAUUCAAAAACAGGACUGGAUAAUAAGAGAAAUGAGACUAUUGGAUCGACGUGUUGACGAAUUUUAAUUUUUUACUUUUAAAUUCCGUUGAUUGCUUUAUAAACUUUAACUGAUUUAAAGACAUUUAUUACUCAUUAUUAUUUAACUGUUUAUUAAAAAUAAUGUUAAUAUUCUGCAUGCUCUACGCGCUCAGGUUUUAUUUUAAUAAAGUCAUAGCUACUAUUGCUUUUAUUAUACAUACAUAUAAAAAGCUAUGAGUAGAUUUUAAACCUAUAUACAUAAUAUUACAUAAUGACUUGACUAUAACUAUUAUUCUAAUGUCUAUCCAGCUUUGAUCAAUUAUGCCCUAGCAUUUAUUUCUUAUAGGGUAAGUUAUAGGCAUUAUUGACUUGAUUAUAUAUUAUUAUAAUUUUUAGUUAAUUAUGAAAUUUUAAAAUGAUGACGAGUGUUUAUAUACAAAUCGUGUUCAAUAUUGUUGGACUAGUUCAAAUAUUGUAGUUAAAUUUACGCCUCAAAUUGUAGGAAAAAAUAAUUGCAUAAUCUAUUUUCCAAAUAUAAAAUCUUGCAUAUGCAUAAUAAUGUGUUCAGUGUGUGUUCAAUUACUGUAGUUACUAUAAUUAAGUGCGGUUUAUAUAUUAUAUUUUAUUAUAGAUUGAUAUGUAUUCAAGUUGACUGUUUAAAUGCAAUAAUGUUACGUGUUAGAUAUUAUUUGGUCGUCAGAUUUCGCAGUUGACGGCUUUAUCUUCUGCUAGUAUAUACUGCGCCGCGCAGCAACACAUAACUACCAGCUUUUCAAAUAUAAUCAAUAGUGCACAUUAGCGUUAAUAUAGCUUCAUUGCAACAACUUCGUGAUAAUCAUAAUUUACAGAUAUUUCAUUACAUUUUUGCACAUUAUUAAACUCAUUAAAUUGUAUGUUAGCCGCCCUGCGGCUCUGUCUAACACAAUAUGUACCAAUACUAUAAUAUUAUUACAAUUUUAUCUAGAAUAUAUAAUAUUGUAGAGCUUACUAUAACGUUAAUCACGAUCUAGUAUACCUAUUAUUUUAUUACUAGGUGUCGGUUGUAUGCUUGUAGACCGAGAGUGAUUGUGGAAAAAGUUCUAAAUUCGUAAUAGUGAAUCAUAAUUUAAUAGUUGUAAUAAAUGUUAAGGAGUCGUGAAUUCUUAGUUAGGGUUAGGGAGACGUGUCAUGUAUGAGCAAUAUAAUAAAAAAUGUAGCAACUAUUAUCUCAGAAGUCCUUAAAACUAUUAUGUAGUGGCGAGAUGCCUUAACUGUCAAUGUAUCUAGUUGAACACCCUGAACAGUAGGAGAGUUAAACUGUCUAUUAAAUUAGAAGUAAGACGAAUCCACUGAUAGCGAAGCGAAGUUAGAAGGUAAUAUGUAUUCUUAAUAUCACAUAUAGUACCUAAUAGUUAUCCAUAUUCAAUGAUUCGCUUAGCUUGCAGUGGAUUAAAACCAUUAAAUUAGUGUGUGAUGAAAGCAUUGCUAUCUCACUUUACAUAAAUGUAAUAAUAUAAGAUUUGACUUCUAGAUUUAAGAAAUUUCCCUGUCACACGUAGAUUUUAGUACUGUAAAGUGUGUGUCGUUCACUUACUGCACUCUAGUAGGUGUAUACUGUGUAGUAUAUCUCUCGCUCACUGUAUCAGAUAAAAUAUCGAUAUUUGAUAUCACUAAGAUCUCGAUCGUAUUUAGAUGAGGUAGGAAAAAUUGAGACUGUUUAUUAAGUCUGAGUAGGUUGAGCGAUGAAUUUACUUAAAGUAGAUUUUUUAAAGUCAUGAUCACUCCAUCUACUCUUUCCGACCUAUGUUUAUAGCGUGAUUUUGUUUAUCCCCUCUUCUAAAACUUCUAGAAGCUCCUGAGGUAAAAAAUAAAAAUACAACCUUUUUAUCUAAGAAGCUCCUUAAAUUCUGAAAAAAAUAUUCCAAUCAUUGGAUUGAACCCCUUAUGAAGAUAUUUUUUAUUUAUUUUAAAGAUUGGGUCAAUUGGACUAUCUCAUAAUUUACCUAUUACUUUAGUAGUAGCUCUCAUAGCCAUAACGAAACUGGAAUUUUAAAAUUAAAUGUCUAUAAAUGGAUGCAAAAAAGUUUAGUAAUAUUCUUUAUCCGAAUCAUACAUUUUCGCGAUUUAGUACAUAAAUUUCCACUCAGUAUGUGAAGCACACAUAAUAGAUAGGUAUAAUUAAGUACUUUGAGUAUUGUAUCAGAUACGUGUGUAACGCAGUCAUAUAGAGAAAGAGAUGUUCACUGCAGGAUUAUUAAAUUAUCCUUCAAUCGUUCUCCUCAACUCUUUCUUUUUGUGAUUGUUAUACAUUUAAAGUAGCUAAGUAUCUCUAUUUUCGGUCAAUAGUUGACUAGUUAAUGUAUUAAUUACUUAUAUUAAUAAUAAUUAAAAUAAUAAUAUAGUGAGUGUGUGAGCCAUGUAAACCGGACCUUAUGCGAAUUUCAGUUUAUUUAAUAAUAAUUGAGAGUCAUAAUGUCCGUAUGAAAUUAUUCAAAGUAAUUGUAUCCAUAAGUUUUACGCAAUUAUUAUUGUUUUAAUUUUCUGUUCUGUGCCAUUAUUAUAAUAGUAUUACGUUAUUUUUAACCCGAUAUAAAUGGCAUGAAAUGCAUUUCUUUUGUUUAUACAAUCAUAGAUAUUUGAUGAUACAUGCAAUAAGUUUAUUAUCUUUUGUUUUAAAGUGCGUACUGAUUUGUUAUAAUUAACUAAGCUGUUAAAUAUUACUAAGAUCAUUGUGUACAGACCUACCUAUAAUAAGUACCCAGAAUGUUAUAAUGAUUAUAAAAUUAUAAGCAACAUGAUAAACCAGAUUAAGUAAAUAUAACAAAUCAGCAGUACUGACAUUAAAAUUACUUAAAUCUAACAACGAAUCUCGUAAUUUUAAAUAAAACAUUGUUUUUGAACAAACUCGAUUUAAGAUUCAGUGAAAAUGGGUUUGCAUAGCAAAUGCCGGCCACAUAGUCCUGUCUUACCAUUAAGUAAGUGGUUGUACCAUUUUGUGAUUAAGUACUAAUCGUUGCAUUCAAAGAAUGUUGCAUUUCCCGACCUACGCAAGUCUCAACACAUAGUUUUGUAUUAACUAUAUUUUGGGAUUACUUUCUUCGUAAGCGUGUGCUGGAAAAUCUGUGCAAAUGUCUCCGGUAACGCUACAGUAGAGUGUUUGUUUCAGCAUUUUUCAGUGCCAGAGGCAAUCGUAUGAAUGAAUAUAAUUUUCUCAGCUGAAAGCUCGCAGAAGAUGUGUUAAAAUUAUUUUCGAAAUUGCAUUUAAAUUCGUAUAAUUUGGUUAUGUUAUUUUAAUAUUUUUUGUGUAUUAUGUUUGUGACCGUCGCCGGUCGCGGUUGGCGCCCAACACGUAACUUUUAUGAAAAGGAAAUGAUGACGUAACGAAUGGCGCACGCGCAGGCGGCGGGCCUUUGUGAAACAUUCACUAGUGUGUGAGAGGCUGCUAGCUGCUAGCAGUAAAAUCGUGGUUUUGUGAUAAAUUCAUACAAUAAAAUUGAUGACUUAAAAAUAAAUUGAAGCAUAAAAUUAAUUUUGUACAAGUUGUAAACAAUUUUUACUAUCCGGUAGCAGGUAACACAGAGAAAAGAAACAGAAAUUAAAAUUUCGAUUUUAUUUUUUAGAUAAAAAAUGUGUAAUGAAGGUACAAAGAGACAGGAUAGAGAGCGCAAUUCAAAGAUGCACGGUACGAAUUCAUUGGGGAGAGAGUAUAGCGAAUUGUAUUAGGCCAUUUUUGUGCUAUUUUUGUAAUGUGAACUAGAUGCUUGUGGUAUUGAUGUUUUAGAUAAGACUUAGUGUAAUGUGACUAUUGGUCCCCUCUUUCCCCCGCGGCGGCUCCCCGAGUCUCGAACCCUCUCGAAACAUCCGACUAUCGACAUCUCGAAAGAGGAGGCCAAUGUCGAGUAUCAUGUGUAACUUUCAGAUUAGUAGUAUUUUUGUAUACUCCCCGGCGGUGCCCCCCGCGCCCCGGGGGCCUAGCUGUAAUGUAUCUCUAGAUAACCAAACCUACCUCAUGCGUAAAGCUAAGACUGAAUGGUUGCCGUUAAUGUGAUGCGGUGGUCUGAUCACCGCGCAGACCCACUGUCCACUUGCUCACUCGAUAUUAGAAUAAUGAACGCAACUUCUGGCUAGCUCAGACUAUACGGAUGACAUCAUGACGAAGGCAAACCGCAAUCAUAGCUUUCCUUGUGCGACGCGUACAAGUACACACUAGCACUUCACCAGUAUCUGCUGCAAGCCACGGCAGAGCGAGAUGGCACUAGAAACGUAUUUUUGUUUCAUUUCCCUUCCAUAUUUGAACGCGUCGUACAGUCGGCAGCAAAAGUAGCUGAUCAUUUUAAUCUCACGUUUAUUUUGAACUUCCUCCUAAUUAAGUUAAUGACCGACUACUUUUGCUGCUAAAAUUAUAGAAUAAGUUAUUUCGUUGUAAUGGUAUGCGCCUAGUUUGUACUAGCUUCGAAAUAUUAAAUAUGAUAAUCAACACACCAUGUAAAAAAGUACCUAUUUGUAAUUAAAUCCGUGUAUAAUGUUCACAUAUUUGGGUUGGUUCUGAAGGCAACAACGUUUUGUACUAAUUAAAUAGUCCACUUAAGAUAACAUCUAUUCUACUCUUAUACUUACUAGAUAGAACAGUGAAACUGAUCGCUUCGUCCCCUUGUCGAGUCAUAUAUUAUAGGGCGGCCCGUGUGUGACACAGGCCUUAUAGAUACCUUCUUAACUAAAAUAUAUUGAAGCCAUAGUUAUGUAUUGUAAUACCGUUGAUAAGAGGGCUGCCCACCAAGAAUUGAAGUUGAGUUAGCUAAGCUGCAUAGCUGAGGUCACGUUUAAACUAAACUAUCCUUUAUGAAAUGUGUCCUUAGCCAUGCUAAACUUGGUUCUUCGUGGGAGCUACAAGUAUAUUCGUUACCGAAUCCAUAUAAGUGUAGGCAUAUUAAAAUAAGGACUAUAUUCACUAGAAAGUUAUACAGGCCUAUUUAUUUAUUGAAUGGCUCUGUCUCUUUCACACUACUUGUAGCAAGCGAUGGGCAAAAAGUGUCUGAUAGAGACAAAGCCAUACAGUAGCUAAAAGGGAACUUUUACUUAAUGAAUAAGGGGUAAGUAGAUAGUAAUAUUGCGAGAGUGUUGUCUUCAGAGUCGCCCGCUACAGUAUAGCGUUAGUUCAGUGUUGACAGUAGUUAGUGGUCGUAGUCGAGUGGACAGCUGUGUUUUUGUUUGUCGUCAAAUUUAAGUUACAUUUCUAUAUUAAUAUUGUUGAAUCAAGACUGAUAAGUUCCUAUUUUAGUUAGAAUAAUUUGCUGCAUUAUUUCACUCUUGCAUAAUUAAUUUUACCCUUGGGUAGUCAUUAUUGAAAAAAUAAUACAUUAUCUUAUUAUAAUCUUAUCAAUUGUGUAUGACGCUAUAUAAGUCACAAAAUUUUUGAAAUUUUUAUGAAAUUUUGUAUGGAAAUUUAAUAAAGUGAUUGAUAGAAA